AUGGUACCUGUAUUCCAGAAUAAGGUUGGAGACACAGUUGACUUGGUGUGUACGUCGGAGGGCGGUAAUCCUGUCCCUGACCUUACAUGGUUUCGUGGUGAAGAGGAGCUGGAGGAAAAUGAAGGUCUUCGAUACGCAGUUCAUCGCCAGAUCCUACGGCCACAAGACACUAAUAUCAAAUAUACAUGUUUGAUGCGAGGUCCAAUGAUAACUACACGACGUGCAUGUUCAAUUCGACCAAUGGAUGUACCCUCUAAGGUCCAGAUAGAGCCAUCGGUGAAUUCUGUCAAGGUUGGAGAAACAGCCACUUUCACUUGCGCAUUGAUGACUACUAGCAAUGUAGGUGUAAGGGGUUACUCCUGGAACGUAGAACCAUCAGUAAGAGACAUUCACCAGAAUAUACCUGGUAGAAUGCAGCUAAUGCACAAUGAUAAGGUGUUAGAGAUACAGAACAUUCGUGAAGAGGAUGAUAAUACACUGGUGACUUGCCAGGCGCAGACAAUCAACGGAGAGUUGCUUACCGGUACAGCUACAUUGGUUAUUUCAAUUGAACCUACAGGGAUGACGACCGAUAAUCCAGACUUAACGACUUUUAUUCUCAACGGUGGUAAUGAUAUGAACACGGAUGAGACUGAUUGGCAAAGAGCAAUGAAGCCAACACAAAAAAGUACAGAGUUUCCAAACAUCGUUAAGAUCAAUGGCUCAAAUGUCACUGUUGGUAUGAAACCAAAAAUUCCAGCCUUCCUUACCGGGAGGAUAUUUAUCAUGACUUCAUCUGCUGCAGGAGCAUUCAUCUUUAUCGUCACUAUCGUGAUCAUCAUCGUCGUUAAAAUUGUGCGACGACGUAAAGGCAAACGAAUCCCGAUCACAUCUCCUAUAACUGUAAUGGAGCACGGUGGAAACGAUGCCUACGCAACUAUUCUUGAGAUGAAACGUCAGACCGGAAGUACCUAUAAGGGAUCUUCUACACUCCCAAUUCUCAAGUCUGAACGUAAGAUUGGUCUUCCAGACAUGAUGCGAGGUGGUAGUAGCCUUUCAUUGGCAGCUCGUAACGCAACAGCCAGAGGAAAUAUCACCGAGCGUUCUCCUUUAUAUGCAAAGCCUGAAAAAAUCCGAAACAGCAAAAAAGGGCUCUUUGGUGAUUCCAAAAGACAGAGUCUGGUGGAAUCGGCAGAGGAACCAGGAGUUACAGAAUCUAAGCAAGAUGGUGAUGAAGAAAAUAAAGCAAAGGAAUCUUCGAGUCAAGAUCUGAAUGCUGAGGGGUUAAUCUACGCAGAUCUUGUUCUCGGUGAAAAGGACACAAAUUUUACAUCAAAAAAGGGAACUCAAUAUGCCAGUAUUGUACCAUCCGGGAAACCAUAGAGAUAUAGGCACAUGAUGCUAUCAACGCUACGCUACAUUCAUUUGAAGAGACAUUCAAGAUUAGCUUUGAAACCAAGGUUCUAUUUUCAUGACAGUUCUCAUAAAUGAUACUCUUUUCUGAUAAUUCUCCAAGAAUUGCUUUCUAGAAGCAUUUCAUAGUCAAGUUAUCAAUAAAAUUCAUGUUCUCGAUAUAUGUUUUAUGAAUAUUUGCACUAAGCACGGUGUUUUGUAGUUGUAGUUCGUACUUUUUCAUGUAAAUAUAUCCGUAGUAUGGUAAACUCAAGUGCAUUUAUGUUUUUGUAAUGUUGUAAAUAUGUAUUCAUAUUAUUUGGUAAGAACUAAAUGCUGGU